GUUUCUAUAUGAAAAUCGUUAUUCAGCGUGUUUCAAGUGCAAGUGUAUUAGUCGAUGGUAAAUUAAUAAAUUCAAUAAGCAAAGGAUUGUGCUUAUUAAUUGGAAUAACUACUGAUGACACAGAAAAGGAUGCAGACAUGAUUGCUAAAAAGGUGCUAGAUAUAAAGCUUUUCGAAGAUGAGUUCCAAAAAAGAUGGGCCAAAAACGUAGUUGAAAAUGAGUAUGAGAUUUUAUCUCUCAGUCAAUUCACCCUGCAUGCUACAUUAAAGGGUAGAAAACCUGAUUUUCACAAAUCAAUGGCUGCUGAUUUAUCAAAAGAGUUAUAUCAAUAUCUUCUUAAUAAAUUAAGGAACUUAUAUUCUGCAGAAAAAAUUAAAGAAGGUGUAUUUGGUGCUUAUUGCCAAGUCAAUAUUGUCAAUGAUGGACCUGUAACUAUACUUUUGGAUUCUAAGAACAUAACAAACAUAUGAUAAACUUAUAUUAAUGCAAUGAUUGUUUAUGCACUAAUACACAUUAUAAAUGAAUACUUAUUGUUGUUUAACAAUAAAAUAUAAUUUCUCAAAUUUAGUCAUAUUAAAGAAGAAUUUAAAUAAUUUUAUUGUAGUUACAUUUAUUAUACACAUUUUAUUGAAUAU